AGCAUUUAUGGAAAAUUUAGCUAGCUAGCUACCAAGAUAUCAGCAUACUAGCACUUUUUUGUGCUUAUUAUAAAAAAAAGGAUCAUAAUAACUUGAAACAACAUUAAACUAAGAUAAUACAAUGGCUAUCGUAAUUACUCCACAAUACUCAAUUUUGUGGGUUUCUUGGGUUGCUUGUGCAGCUAUCUUGCCGGUGUUUCUUUUUUCUCAUAACACACUGCUCGGAGCAUGCCUCUGAAAAACCUCUGUUUGGGGGGCCAUGUAGCCCUAACACUUCGCCCUACCCCUCUAUCGGACACCCUACCCCUAGGCAUGAACGCACGAAACAGAGGGGUACGGGCUAAGUGGCAGGGGCAAGCAGAGAAAUGGGAUUUGGCUGUCUGAUACCACAGCAGAGGCAGCACUGUAUUACAGCAGCAGUAGUGCCUCCCCCGGGUCAUGCCCUGCAAUCACAGUAUAUUGUGAAUUCGUAGACGUGAUGGCAUGGUUAAGCAGUGAAGAAAGAUUGAAAAUAAACUGUAGAUGAUUUGAACUAGAAAUGUACAUUUAUUUAGGAAGGGUGGUGGGGUGCUAAAUGACCUUUGGAGGGGCUAAAGACUUGCUAGCAAAAUCCAUGCCAUUGCAAAGCUGGCAAUCUAAAGACACACAGAUAAGUGCAGUGAGAAAAGGGCAGAAAAGUGCAGCACGUGCUGACCAUUCUAAACCUGAAGGAGGUCUCACGUACAUGUAAUAUGAGAAAAAGAGAGCUCAUAAAGUCAACACCGGAAACAAUUCAUUAGGGUUAAUUUAAUGCAGAGGGUUUACCUGGACUAAAGGCCGGAGGCCCCAAGUAAUUCAGGAACUCUUAUUGACCGUUACUGAGCUCUCUUGAGGGAUGAUCAAGGAAAUCUUCUCAGUAACGGACAUGUUUACAUGUUUGCAAAUGAUAAGCUUUGCUGGCUGUUGUAUUGGACUCCUGCUCUGGUGAUUGUGGAAGCAACAGUUGACUGAAGCAGGCCAUGAAAGAGUUUUAAACUUCAUUUAAAUGAUAAGCAUUUUUUUUCUUUUGCAUUUCAAUACAAGUUACAGCUAUUAAGAGAAAAAUUAGAUGAAACCUGCCAGUAACAGCAAUGAACAUCAUUAAUUAAAUUUAAAAAUUCAACGGCAUUUUUCCAUGUGCCUUAUCAAUAUGUAAUCUAAAUAUAUUCUGAAUAUGUUGCUUUUUAAUGCACUGUAAUGAAAUGUUACUGAAUACAUUUAGAACAGUGUAUUCAGUAUUCAGCCAUCUCUUCUUUUUCAAAGUGUUUUUUCCAACCGUGCUCCUACCAGACGUAAGUUAGACUGUACAGCUACAACUGAGAUGACAUUUAACACAUUUUUAGUCAGAUUUGACUGGACAUAACUUUGAUGAAUAAUGGCCAGGGGGAAAGAUUCAGCAGUUCAUUUUAUCUCUUGUUCAGAGGUCUGUAAGGACGCCUUCCCUUCAUUCCAUUUUUACAAGGUCAGUUUAUGUUUGCAUGAACAGCAACAAAUGAGGAACAAUAUUUUGAAUAAUUCCUGGUGCUGGCACCAUCAAAAGUCCUUUAAAAUAAACUAGCCAUCAUUUGUCUUACUGUGUUGAGACAGAGGAGAAGUGCUGGAUGGUCAGUAGAAAAAUGGGGCAGGCUGUGUUUUUAAUGCUGCUAGUUUCAGAUCUUCUGGUCAUCUCUGCUCCUCUCUCUUGUCAGUACCACUACAUGAAUGAGAGUAAGACCUGGUUUGAAGCUCAGAGCUACUGCAGAGAGAGAUACACUGACCUGGCUACUGUGGACAGCAUGGAGGAGAUGAAGAAGCUGAUAGUAAAGGUAGAUCCUGGGUACAGAAGCACAGUGUGGAUUGGACUGAAGAGGGGAAACCAGACUACCUGGGGCUGGUCUAUGGGAAAUAAUACCUUCUCCAAGUACACUAACUGGGCCAGUGGGCAGCCAAAUGGAGAUGGGUGGUGUGGAUUGAUAAAUAGUGGAAGCUGGUGGGAUCGUUCCUGCGAUCUCAAUUACACAUUUAUAUGCUAUAAUGAAUCAUCCAUUCCGUCUCAACGAUAUAUUCAUGUACAGAAACAGCUGACCUGGAGAGCAGCUCAGCGAUAUUGCAGAGAGAUAUACACUGACCUGUCCAGUAUCCGCAAUGCAGAAGAAAACAACCAACUGAAUUACACAUUAGAUGACACAUGGGUCGGCCUGUUCAGUGAUUCCUGGGCGUGGUCAGACCAGAGUACCUCUUCAUUUCGCUACUGGGCAGAUUCCGAACCAGGCCAGACUGACAAGUGCGUCUCAGUGGCUGUGAAUGACUCUGCGAGAUGGUAUGAUGAAGACUGCAGCCUGAAGCGCAAUUUUGUCUGUCAGAACUAUGUGAAAAUACAGAUAUUGAGAGUGAAGGUGAGCUCUAAUGGAAAGAAGGACCUCAGCGAGCCAGAAAUAAAUGCAGCUAUUUUGAAGCAGAUUGAAGAGAAGCUGAAGGAGAAGGGGAUCAAUGGUAUCAUCAAAGUCAGCUGGAAAGAGAUGGAUGGAAGAGUGUUUUGUCCUGAGAAGAAGAUGAAGAAGUAGUGAUGAGUUGUAGGUUGUAGCCUUAGCAAGAAGGCUCAGCUCACACUGAACUUCAAUAAUUACGUGAAUGAGAAAAGUCAUAGCCCAAAGUACUCAACUCUUUUAACAGUUUAAAUACACAGACAGUAACAAGGACAAUUAUUGUUUACUAAUAAGGCACAGUGAUCUAAUAACAUUGUGAGUAUAUAUAUAAGGUUCUAUCUGCGUUCUAAGCAGUUCUGAGAUAUUCAGAUUCAAAGAUUUUGCAUUCCAAAUAGCAAAACUGAUAAGUGGAUGAAGUGUUUUUCAUACCUGAAAAUGACACACCCUAAAUUUAUUGGACAUACUUUAUUCAGAUGGUCACCUAUAGAUGAUCUAUAGAUGAGGCUUUCCAAAUAAAUAUCUAAACCCUAUCAAAGUUUAAGUUCCCUUUAGAUUAGACAUCAACCAGCUACUGUAAUAAACUAAAAGUGUAGCAAGUCAGUCUAAAGGCAGUAUGAGGUUUUGUUUUGUAUCAGAAAUGUUGACUCUAAUACACCAAAAUGUAUUAUUUGGGAGAAAGAAGAAAAAAGAAAGAUGGACAAACAAAUGAAAUGAAUGUUUAUGGUUUAUUUAAGACCCCAUCAAUUCAAAUAUACGCUAUUUAAUUAUCUUCAGGGCUUAUUAUUUAUAAAAUUUAAGACAAUAAGACUUUUUAAAGAAAUACAAGAAGACAGACAGUGUUUCAGCAGCAUGUUUUCAAGUUUCAUAAACUUUUCCCACAGUCACUGAGCAGUGCAGCAACAUGACAAAGAAGCAGAACCUGAUUAGCCCUCUUUUGUGUUGAAAGUGCUGAUUGGCUCACAGAUAGACCCUUAUGGAACUAAGUUAGAGUUUGAUUUUGGAACUUUUUUUUUCCAAAGAAUCCAAAAAUGUAAACAUCUUCAAAAAAACACCUGAUGUAAUAUUAAGAAGUUGUCACAGAAUAAGAAUGUUUCACUAACUGAAUUUUGAUAGUUUGAUAGUAACUCAAUUUAUUUAUUUAUUUUUUUCUUUUAAAUCUGGAGAUAAACAACAGAAAAAAGAAAUUAUGCACCACUAUCCAAACUGAAGCAAAUUGGUGAAAUUGUACAAAAAGGUCACAUUUUUAGUCUUAUCUCUUCCAUCGAACCACGUGUUCAGAUGAACACUGAGGUGGAUUUGAUUUGAUAUACUGAUCAGUGACUUUUGCUGAAACUUAAGGAGUCCAUGCCAGCUUGAGUGCACAUUGUCAUUAAAGGAAAAGGUGAACAUAUUAAAAUCUGAUGGUUAUGAGCAAGUUGAAAGAGUAGUUACUUUUUUAACACAUUCAUAAUCAUCAGAUUGUAGUUACUAAGUUUAGUGAAGGACAUUCCUUCUGAGGAUGUAUCUAAAUUAUUUACUAUUAUCAUCAUAUCUUCAUGAGUAUAAUGUUGAUUUUGCAUUUGAGACCUAAACAUUGAGCUAAACCUUUUUUUUUUUGAGUCUGUGCAUGUGACACUAAUACAUAAAGACAUAUGGUCUGAAAAACUCCAGCAAAAUCCAACACAAUGCCUCUGAAUUUUAAAAUGACUAUUUCAGGCUUUAUAGGGUGACUCACAGCAGUGCACACAUCAUAUUUUAUCAUACUUUUUUUUUUACUGACUCAAUGAUGCUAAUUUCAAUUUUAAUUAAAAAAAAUCAUACAUAGCGCAGCUGCAAUGUGAACACUUAAAAUGUAGUUUUAGAUUGUUUUCAAUAUCUAGAGGUGUGAUAUGUAUAUGAUCAUUAAUUGCAGUUUACAGAGUAAAAGUGGAUUAUAAUAAAAUGAAGUACUA